AAAUAUCACACGUGUCACGUAGCUGUACAUUGCUACCAGCGCCACGCAUGUUGUCCAGACGAUAUCUGAGACAGAGAGCUGUUCACACCUUAAUAACAUCAGACAGAAAUCUCUAGUUUACUGUUCUUGUUUUUUAUAUAGUUGCCUCUCGUUUUAGCUUUUCCGCAUAUUUGCUCCUUACUGUUUGUGUGUGUAAGCGAUGGAGAAAGAAGACAACGUUUCAAACCAGAGCUCCUCUGCUUCCAUAGAACCCUCCAGAAGAAGAAGAAGACUCGCUGAGCCAGUAGAUACGACGUUAAGUAGAUGGGUCAAGGACAAGGAGGAGGAGGAAGAAGGGUUGAAGAGAGUCCGUAGGGUUCAAGCAAAAGGUUCGAAGAAAGGUUGCAUGAGAGGGAAAGGCGGACCGGAAAACCCGGUUUGCCGGUUUAGAGGCGUUAGACAAAGGGUUUGGGGGAAAUGGGUAGCUGAGAUACGUGAACCAGUGAACCAACGUGGCGGAAACUCGAAGCGUCUUUGGCUUGGAACGUUCGAUACUGCAGCUGAAGCCGCCUUGGCUUACGAUAGAGCUGCUAGUGCCAUGUAUGGUCGCUAUGCCCGGUUAAAUUUCCAGGGCGAGGAAUUGAAAAAGACUGAUGAGGCAGAGAGUUCUAGAAGCUAUUGGUUGGAUUACAACGUCUCUGAAACCGGUGAUAGCGUGGACAUGAGUGAUGCCAUAUCAGUUGAGGAAUCAACUAAGGAGGAUUGUAAGUGCAAGAAAAAGCUUGAGAAUGAUGCAGUUGAAAAUGAGGGGGCAGUUGGAAAUGAGGAGGAGACAACUAGUAAAACUACUCAUCUUAAUAUUCAACUAUAA